UGGGAGGGCGCGUGCGCAAGCUGACACGCAUCGGGGCUGGUGCGGCGCGAGGGGCUGGACAGUGCGCCUGUGCAGCAGCAUCAAGCGCAUCUCGAUGGAGCGUGGUGGAGGGGACAGUAACGGAGCUGGAGCUCCGCGGUCCGAAGGUGCUGCGCGGGGCGCCUCACUGCUCCCCGGGAAGCCGACGGAAGCCGGGGCGGCGCGGCCAUCGCAGUCCACCCUCCGGUCCGCAGGCAUGGAUGGAUUUUUAAAAUCAGAUGAGAGACAAAGAUUAGCCAAAGAGAGACGAGAAGAAAGAGAAAAAUGUCUGGCUGCCCGGGAACAGCAGAUCCUGGAGAAACAGAAAAGAGCCAAGCUUCAGUAUGAGAAGCAAAUUGAGGAGCGAUGGCGAAAGUUGGAGGAACAGCGCCAGCGGGAAGACCAGAAGAGGGCUGCAGUGGAAGAGAAGAGAAAGCAGAAGCUCCGGGAAGAGGAGGAACGGCUAGAAGCAAUGAUGCGCAGGUCUCUGGAGCGCACACAGCAGCUAGAGCUGAAGAAGAAGUAUUCGUGGGCAGGAUCACCAGCCUCAGGGCUCGGAGGACGUGAGGGUGAAUCAGAAAAUACCCCACCCCCAUCUCUAGGUUUAGCAGCCAGCACCCUCCCUUCGGACGCAGGGACCACUGCAGCUGCUGCCGAGUCCACCAACGCAUGUGACAAACUUUCAACAUCAACUAUGAAUUUGCCAAAGCAGACGGAGCCUUCUAUGAGUAAACGCCUGUCUUCAUCCACCGUGGCAAUAUCUUAUUCCCCAGACCGAGCUCAUCGCAUGCACCUUAGUUCCGCGGAAACCUUUCUUGUUUCGAGACUGCUGACACCCACACAGGCUUCUUUAGCCAGAAGCAGAAGUACACACAUGCUCUCUGAGCAGGCCCAAGACUCAGUAUUCCAUGCCUGUCCUCGUAUAGCUCUCGGCAGCCCUCUCAAAUCUUCAUACAAGUCCUCUCCCACCCGGACCACUGAGAGGAAGAAGGGUACAUCUACAUCUGGCCUAGGAGAUGCUGAGAAGGGAACCCUGGCAGGAGCAGAGCCCUCUCUGAUGGAGAAAGUGAAGAAAGGACAGCAAGUGACAACUUCUGCUUCCACUUGGAGUCUUGGGUCCCCAUUGAGAAGAUGUGGGCCUCCUGAGGACAUUACUAAGAGGUCAUCUUCUCCUGUGAAAUCCAGGACAACUUCAAAGGCAUAUCCACAGUCUCCAAAGACCAUGAAGCCCCCACAUACAGGGUCUCCUGUGAAGUGCCGCUUUCCCCCCAUUCCCGGUGAAGAAGUGUUCAAGAAGAAAGCGGAGAAGGAGAAGAGCAAUAAGGAAAGGGAAGGUGCCUCGGGCCAGCAGACCGCUGGCCUACCCAGAGAAGAAACCCCAGAGAAGCACGCGGCUGACAAGCGGGCCACUGAGAAGCCUGUGGCAGACAAGCAUACCACUGAGAAGUACGCAGCUGACAAACAUGCCGUUGAGAAGUACUUGGCUGACAAGCAUGCUACUGAGAAGCAUGCUGCCACAGGAGGGAAGAAUGAGAGCAUUACAGCCUCAGGGAAACCCACAGCAGGCACCAUUGAUGCAGGGGAGGCUACAAAGAUCUUGUCUGAAAAGAGACGCCAGGCUCGGCUGCAGAAGGAAAAGCAGGAGCAAAAACGACUGGAGAAGGAAGAGCAAGAAUGGUUGGAGAAAGAUGAAUCGAAAAUAAAGGCAGACAAGGAAAGGCUUCAGCAAGAAGAAGCAACCCAUAAGCAGGAAGAGGAAAAGAAGCAGCAGGAAGAGGAGGAGAAAAGAAAGGCAAGAGAGGAGGCAGAACAGAAGGCUAAGGAGGAGCUGUUGUCAAAAGAGAAGCAAGAAAAGGAAAAACAGGAAAAAGAAAAGCAAGAAAAAGCCAGGAUUGAAAAGCAGAAAGCAGCAGCAGAUGCAAAGGCACAGGAGGCAGCUAAACAGUUGCGUCUAGAAAGAGAACAGAUCAUGCUGCAGAUUGAGCAGGAGCGACUGGAGAGGAAGAAGAGAAUAGAUGAAAUCAUGAAGAGAACAAGGAAGAGUGAUGCAUCUCCAGAAGUGAAGGUGGGCAUUCAGAAAGAGGACCGCAGAGUGGCGAUUCAGCCUGCUGCAAAUGUGGAAAAUACAACAAAACUGGCUGUCCCGAACAAAAUAGAAAUCAAUGGAUUGAACACCUGCCAAGAAGCAAAUAGUAUGGGGAAUGCUGUUCCAGAAACCUUUCCCCAAGACAUGUUCUCUAAUGUGUCUAAACCAGUUGGGGGUCUUGUUCACCUGGAUGCCCUUGAUGGGAAAUCAAACAGUCUGGAUGAUUCAACGGAAGAAGUUCAGUCUAUGGAUGUGAGUCCUGUUUCCAAAGAAGAGCUUAUCUCCAUCCCAGAAUUUUCACCAGUGAGUGAAAUGAUUCCUGGGAUGUCUCUGGACCAAAAUGGAACUGGUAAUGCCCGAGCACUUCAAGAUAUCUUAGAUUUCACUGGCCCCCCAACUUUCCCUAAGAAAUCCAGUGAAAACCUCAGCCUGGAUGACUGUAACAAAAACCUUAUCGAAGGAUUUAACAGUCCUGGGCAAGAAACUACUCUGAACACCUUCUGUUGACAGAGACAACAUCCCUUUAAUGAAAGGUGGCGUCUGGAGCACUCAUGAAGCUGUUGAUGUUAAAUUUGAGCUCCUGGCCACCUGAAGAAGCUUCUUUCGCCCUUAACCGCUGGAUUCCAAAUUAUUAGAUUGGAAUGUAACUGUAUUGCUAGGUAGUUUAUAAAACACUGGCCUCUCUUGGUAGCAACCUUGAGAUUUUAGCCUCGUUGGGCUUUAGCAAAGUUUCAUUUUAUGGUUCUAUUUAUGAGCUUCAGCUGCUACUAAAGCACUUCCUGUCCUCCUCUGGUAUCAUAGUGAUCCUCUCAAUAACCUGCGUGAUGCUGGACAGCAAUCUCACUUUAGGACCACUAGCACUCCCAGAGUGGGAGCAUAUAGACAUUUAGAAGUCUCUUCCUAUAAAAUCUUCUAUUUACCCACACCCUAGUUAAACAUGUACUCAACCUGCACUGCAUAUCUCCCUGUCUCUAUUUAGGAGAAGAAAUUUGGCCAUUUUGUCUUCCUCUGAGGUUUCUGUUGAAAAGUACUAUCAAGAAGUCUUUUUUUUUUCUCUAUUAAGCUUUACCACCUGUAAAUGCAUUACUGUUUGGGGGUUGAAGAAGAUUGAAUAAGGAAUUAAAUAGUGGCAACUGUUUCUUUCCUCUUAUGUACAGGAGCAACUGAAUCUAGCAAGGAACGUUUCAUGUCACACCUUAAAAUCUUUGGAAUUAUUAUUCCAAACCAAUUGAAUGGUUUUUAAGCUGAAUGAAUAGAGUCUCAUACAGGUGGUUGGUUUUCAUGUUUUUCCUAUUGUUUUUCUAUUAGAGCUUGAAGUUUUCUUUUUCUUUAUUUGCUCCUGUAUUUGCUUGACUGUAGUAAAACCAUGCAUAAAAAGUCAUAGUACUUUGAAAUGGGGCCCCAAAUUGGCCCCAGUAUGUCACUUUAAUAGACUUUAAAAAUUCUGAACGAGGUAAAAUGACAGUAGAAUGUAUAACUUCAUACAUUUUAUGCCAUAUGAUGCUGUUUUUAAUUUUUCAUUUCCUGUGGUGAGAUACGGCUUUUGGACUUUUUAUUUGAAACUUUUUGUUUUGACUUGUACCUUAAAGCAUUUGGAAAGAUCCAUAAUUCUGAGAGAGAUUUACAACCAGGAGUUGUAAAAACCUGGGUUUUUGUUUUAUUUAGUUAGUUUUGGUUUGAGGGGGUGGGGUUUUUUGUUUUUAAAGACAGGGUCUCACUUUGUAGACCAGGCUGGCCUUGAAAUCACAAUGCUCUGCCUCCCAAGUGCUGGGAUUAAAGGUAUGAGCCACAGACUGGGAUUGUUCCUGUUCAUUUAAAGCCAGCCAUAGUUUAAGAAUUUAUUAGUCUCAGAAAUAAUGUAUGUUUAUGUGUAUAUACUUAAUAAAAUACAUACCUCUAAGAAUGCUGUGCCAUUGAUCUUGGUAACCAGCAGGGGGGGAUAUCUCUUUUAUGACAAGCACACAGAUGAUAGCAUGGUCUGACUUCUGAAAAAUGCCUGGCCAUUCUUCUUAGAGCUUUAUUUUGCUAGACAUCUGUUUUGUUGCGAUCUGUUGUACCUCACAGCACCAUUGUGACCAUGGUGAUGCCUCAUUUGCAUGAUGUGUACAUUUUGUUUAAUGUUAAAUACAUUUUCAUUGAAGAGUCUGA